AUGCGGUCGAUAGCAAGCACCUCCAUGCUCCUUUCCGCCUCGUUCUUCUCUGUAAUAUGCGGGGCAAUAACCAAACCCCUCCCAUCCAAAAUAACAGGAACUACAGCAAAUCCCCCAACAGCAACCCUAUCAACAAGUAACGAAAGCCCAAAGACAAUCUUUGUGGGCCGCUCUCUUCCAGAGUUCAACCAGGACCUCUUCCUGGGCAUCAAGUAUGCCGACGAGCCAAUUCGCUUCACACCAGCCGAGCUCAAGAGCACCUAUGCAUCUAAGGAUAGUAAUUCUGGAACUUAUAACCUACCUCAAUCAGGACUCGGCACUACUUCCAAGUCGGUAUACUACAAUGCUACGGAAUACGGCUAUGACUGUCCUGCGUAUGGAUCUGAUACUACCAACAUGGUUAACAACGGCCUUAUCACUUUGAAUGAAGACUGCUUUAACUUGAAUAUAAUACGACCCAAUGCAGACCAGAAUCACGAAUUACUUCCAGUUAUGAUCUGGAUUUUCGGCGGUGGGUGGACACAGGGCGCUACUGCAGAUCCGAGAUAUAAUAUGAGCUAUAUCGUUGAACAGAGUGCAUUGAACGGCAAGCCAGUCCUGGGUGUUUCUAUCAACUACCGCCUGGCGGCAUUCGGAUUCCUUGACUCGGAGGAAGUAAGGGCGGAAGGAAAUACUAAUCUAGCACUGCGUGACCAGCGCACGGCUAUGCGUUGGGUGAAGAAGAAUAUCAAAGCGUUCGGUGGUGAUCCUAGCAAGAUCACUAUCUGGGGCGAGUCCGCUGGUGCAUAUAGUGUCGGAGCCCAUUUGGUAACCAACAAUGGCGAUAAUGAAGGUCUCUUUAGAGCUGCAAUCAUGGAUUCUGGCAAUGCCGUUGGGCCCCCAUACAACGGAACAGAAUGGCACCAGCCAAUGUAUGACCGAAUCGUCGAGAGAGCCGGAUGCACCAAUUCCACGAAUACCCUAAAAUGUCUUCGUGAACUACCCUACGCGACCUUAUACAAUACUGCAAACGAGGGUCUAGAAUGGUUUGCUACUGUCGACGGCUCAUUCAUAUCCCAGUAUCCGCAAAUCAGCUAUAAACAAGGCAAAUUGGCCCAGGUGCCUAUCUUGAUAGGGACGAAUACCGACGAGGGCACCAGUUUUGGGACGACAGGCACAAACACCGAUGAGGACUGCAUCAAUCAAUUGACUGCAUCCAAGCGCUGGGUCCUGGAUCGUUCCCAGGCUACCCGGCUGCUAUCCUACUACCCCAAUAUCCCCGCCGUCGGUUGCCCCUAUGGUUGGGGAAAUACCACUUGGCCCUCGCUGGGACUCAUGUACAAGCGCUAUGCGUCCAUGGCCGGGGAUGUGACCAUGGUCGCACCACGGCGCUUGCUAGCACAACGGAUGGCCGGCUGGCGUGACAAUGUAUAUUCAUACAGAUGGGAUGUGGCGGCGUCGAAUAGCUCAACCACGAUUGGGGUGCAACACUUUGCAGAGAUCCCUUUCGUCUUUGCAAAUCCAGUGCAGACCAUCACACCGCUUGGAUCCGACCCUGCGCGCUUGGAACUAGGACAGAUGGCAGCGCGAAUGUGGACAUCAUUUGUGGCAGACCUAGAUCCCAAUGGACAUGGUGUGUCUGAUAUUGCCAAAUGGCCCAAGUAUUCGUCCCGUGCCACCAACUUUGUUCUCCGCUUACCCCGAAAUGAGAGUUAUAUCGAAGCCGACACGUACCGUGUCGACGGGAUUGAUUAUAUCAAUAGCAUCGCGCGGUGA